AUCCCCAUGUCCAUGACAACGUUUGCAAAAUUUAUGAGAGUGUAAUUCUGUAUAUUGUUUAAUAGCUCAAACUAAGGGAAACUAUACAGUGCGAGAUGGCUAAGACUGUAUCUAUUUCCGACGAAACAUCCGUAGCAACAUCUGGGAAAUGGUUUUGGAAAGAAGAAACACAAUCGCUUGAAUUUCAGGCAAGUGCUACACAAUCACUCGACCAGAAAGAUAAGAAGAAUCAGAGGAAGAAAAAUCAUACUUUUGGGGAGGCUGGAAACAAGAAAGACAGAGCAACACCAAACCGACUCGAUGGAAAAGGUCAAGGAGGGUCAAAGGGGAAUCAGCGUAUUGGUGCUAGGUCAGCAAGGUCAAACAAAGUGGAAAAAGAAACAACUGUGACAUUGCAGAGAGUGAAGUCUGUUGCCCUGUUCAUGCUUAAUGAAGUCAACUUUCCCACCGAUUCAUUUGAGAUGUGCUUAUUUGAACUAGACCAAUUUGAUGAGUUUCUCCUUGGAUUACUGAACUACUUUUCAAGUUACUUUGACAGAAGUGUUUUGGAAAACAGACCCAAGCAGAUGACCACUGAACCCAGUUUUGCAGAGCAAGCGGCCAUGGCUGAAAUCACAGAGCGUAUGGAUGUAGCUCAGAGGCAUCUAGCCCAGAGCUACUGUAUUCUUAUUCUUGGUCUUGGUUUGCAUGAACAUCAUCACAUGGGCAGUGGAAUGAAGAGACAGUCAUCUACAUACAAAGAUAGAGAAAUAUAUGAAACUUUGUAUAAGUUUUGUGUAUACCUGGUAUGGCUGGUAUUCAGAAGAAAGGACCAUGAUCUCAUCAACAAAGAGCUGGGAAGAAUCUUGAGGUCUGAUGUGUUCAACCCUGCCCUGCGAGUCAAGAAUUCCUUGGAUGAAGAUGCUGAGAAUGAAGAAGAAGCAAUCAGGGAUAUGUUUACCUUCACCCCAGCCACCACUCCAGCCGAAAGAAGAAGACAAAAUAGAGAGAGACCUUCAAUUACAAAUAUAAUCAAGACGAGAUCACCAGUUCUCAAGUCAUUACUCCCCACUCCUAAAGAAGCUAAUGAAUACUUGUUCGGCAAGAUGACAUUGGAUGCUUCUGGAAAAUCUCAAACACCAGAUUCUAAUUCACCAGCUGGAAAAGGAAGACCUUCAUUCUUCAAGAAAAACAUUGGUAUCAUUGGUGAACCACUGAACCAGUUUAACCCUCAGACCCUGGCUCCUGUCGGGUCAGAACAAGAUGAAGAAACAGAAGAAGAUCAGACCAAGAGAGAAGGAUUUGCUGGGACGCCCACCAAGCCAGCACCAAUGCAAGGAGGAGUGAGUCGUCAGAUGACCUCCUUGUCACAGGCCACAGAUGUUUUCUCAGAUGACGAAGACUGAAGGACAUACACCUUAAUUUGUUUUUGUAAUGUUAUUUUCAUAUUUCCGUCCUUUCUCCUUAUAUAAAGAUGCAAUAGCCUUGAUCCUUUUAUAUCUCAGACUAUAUAAAAGUUUCCACCUGGACGAAUUGGUCUAAUUUUGCCUAAAUGUAUGAUAUGCAAAGAUUUUUUUUUUUUUGAUGAGGCAUAACAUUGCAAAUUUAUAAUGAGUUAUUGCCUCUAAUGAUGAUGUUGUUGUUUAAUGUGGGAAUUAACAUUAGUCACAUUAGUCAAUAUUUAUUA